CCCGUUUCCCAGGGUGCAGCGGGCGCGGUGGCUGUCUGGCCACGUCCCCGGGCCACGUCGCUCGGUGCCCGCUGAGCUUACGCCAUCUUCGCUCUCCGGCUCCGGGCUGCGCCGCCGCCUCUGUCGCCGCCGCCAUGAACAUCUUCCGCCUCACCGGGGACUUGUCCCACCUGGCGGCCAUCAUCAUCCUGCUGCUCAAGAUCUGGAAGAGCCGCUCCUGCGCGGGUAUUUCUGGGAAAAGCCAGCUUCUGUUUGCACUGGUCUUCACUACCCGUUAUCUGGACCUCUUCACUUCAUUCAUUUCAUUGUAUAACACAUCUAUGAAGCUUAUCUACAUUGCUUGCUCGUAUGCCACUGUGUAUCUGAUCUACAUGAAAUUUAAGGCCACCUAUGAUGGAAACCAUGAUACGUUCAGAGUGGAGUUUCUGAUAGUUCCUGUUGGCGGACUCUCGUUUCUUGUCAAUCAUGACUUCUCUCCUCUGGAGAUACUGUGGACCUUCUCCAUCUAUCUCGAGUCGGUUGCUAUUCUCCCUCAACUUUUUAUGAUCAGCAAAACUGGGGAAGCAGAGACCAUCACUACUCACUAUCUUUUCUUCUUGGGUCUGUACCGUGCCUUGUACUUAGUCAACUGGAUUUGGCGCUACUAUUUUGAGGGAUUUUUCGACCUCAUAGCCGUUGUUGCUGGUGUGGUCCAGACCGUUCUUUACUGUGACUUCUUCUAUUUGUAUGUUACAAAAGUACUCAAGGGAAAGAAGCUCAGUUUGCCAGCGUAAGUGCCAAAAAACCAUCACCAGCAUCUGUCCUUUGGGAUGCUUGGACAGAACAAUCCUUAUCACAAGCAAAGGCGAAGAUGCUUGAGACAGAAAGUCAGAAACACAGCUCUUUAUAGUGCAGGUAGUCAUCAGCGGCUCUGUAAGAACGGAGGAAAAACAACCAGCAGAUUUCUGUUUGAUGCAUCUUGCCUUUAUCUUUUUUAUUACUAUGUAUAAAGAUUUUUUACAUAAAGAAACUUAUACUGUAUUAAUAAAUUCAGUGUAUGGUUUCAAUUGGAAUAGUUCCAAAAGUGAGAUUUUUGUGAGAUUGUUUAUGACCAGGAACAAGUGCAAACUUUUUUUUUAAUUUUCAAGAAUUUCUUUGAAAUGACUGAUUUUUUUUUUCUUUUUUUUUUUUUCAGUGCACAGAUUUGUGCAUCCUUGAUGGAUGGUAGUCAUCUGUUCUUUCCCUUUGAUUCAAUUUUCAUUCCACUGUAUUUAUUUUUUUCCAAAAGGUGAAUAUAUGUCAACUCUGAAUCUGAAACCACCGAUGUUUGAUGUGAUGUGUGCUGGUGCCCAGUCUUUGUGCCAUCUGCUGACAUGGGGUUCCCGUUUCAAACAGACGUUGGUGCCAGAAGGGGAGCCGUCGCCUCUCGAGGUUGUUCCCCUUCUGGCGGGGCCGGUGGCUGGGGAGGCCGGUGCCGUUCCUGCCGUGCCACCUGCCUGGGACCACUCCGGUGCCGGGAGCACGCGGCAGCGCAGCCGCAGACACCGGGGGCUCGCACCGUUGAUUGCAGACAUCUGCAGGUGACCAUUUUAAACAGUAACUACAUUUUCUUUUUAAUUAAUGCUUUAUAAGCAACUUCCAUGUUCAGCUUCAGGUGGUUUUCAAUGUCACUUUUGGACAAUUAAUAUUUUUUUUUUUACAAACUUUUCAAAAUCAGCAGCACCAGUUACCAUUCUUUAUCCUUUAAAUGAUUCCCUUUUUUUACUGAGCUGUUGCAUGAUUUAUCCUGUGUUACCAUCCUCAAUAAACAC